UCUCUGUUGCCAGAUGCUGUUCUUCCCUGCCUCACUUCUCAUCCUGCUAAAGUUGGGGGGAAUUUUACCAAAGCUUCUAUAUUGGGUCAGAGAGUCAGAAUGCAGCCUGUGCCCUUGCAUAGCCUCUCAGAGCUGGAGAGAGCCUGUCUGCAAGAAAUCGCCUUUUACCAGCUGCAAAAAAAGAACAUGAUCAGUGGUAUCAGACUUUCUAAAGCUGGACCCAAACGCAACAAAUUCAUCAGAAGGAAACUGGAAAACUCCUCCAAGGAGAAGAAAGGGGGGAGUGUCUGUGGACUCCAUCACCGAUUUGGGUGACAACACCUCCAGGCUGCUGGAAGCUCUGCAGCUGUCACAUCCCAAUGAGCUGGAUCUCAGGAGAACCUUGGAGAGGAACAAGAUGUUGAGCCUCAAUCCCAUCUACAGGCAGGUCCCGCGUGUUGUGGACAGAUGUUGCCAGCACAUUGAGGCAUACGGACUCCAGACUGUGGGCAUUUUCCGUGUCGGAAGCUCUAAGAAAAGAGUUCAGCAGCUGCGGGAAGAAUUCGACCAGGGAUUUGAUGUUUUCUUGGAUGAUAGUUAUUGUGUCCACGAUGUGGCAGCUCUGCUCAAAGAGUUUUUCCGGGACAUGCCUGAUUCCCUGAUUCCCAAGGAACUCUACUCAGCCUUUGUCAGUACAGCCUUCAUGGAACGCAUGGCCCAGCUCUCCAUGCUGCAGCUGCUGGUGUACCUCCUACCUCCCUGUAACAGUGACACCCUGUACCAGCUAUUGCAGUUCCUGAACAAGGUGGCACAGCAUGCCCAGGAUUCCACAGGUCCAGAGAGACAAAAGAUUCCUGGAAAUAAAAUGACAGCCUCAAAUUUGGCUACAAUUUUUGGCCCCAACCUGCUGCAAAGAGAGAAGCUUCUGGAGAGAGACCCCAGUGCCCAUGCCGUGGAAAUUGAAAACAGCGCUUCUAUCAUCCUCGUGCUCCAGAGUUUAAUUGAGAACUAUGAAGCUUUGUUCAUGGUGUCUUCAGAGGUGCAGCAUGACAUCCUAAGGAGGCUGUUUCAGACAGAGCCUGAUGUCAUUGACUAUCUCUUACGCAGGAAGUUCAACACCACUCUAAGCACAGACAGUGAUACAUCUACAGAGAAGCAUCCUCGCUCCCUACUGGCCAGCCAAAACUGCAUGCUGGCAAGUGGUCAGGUUUCCUCGCAUCUGUACAGCCACGUCUCAUUCCUAAACCUGCAUAUUGAGAAUAGGCAGACCCAGGGCAGCCCAAGCUCCACCCUCACUUUUAAUACGUACCAAACAGGGCAACUUGUCCACCACAAAAAGAGAGACUUGGUCACCCAGGAAAGAGUAGGGACAUCUUGGGAAGCAUAAAUCUCUGAGGGGACUUCUCCAUUCGCAGUUAUCAGCCUUCUAAUUCAUAUCAGUGCAUCUCCCCAGGUGGGAGGCACUAGUAUAAAUUGCACAGAUGUUUCACUGCCAUAUAGCAGAGCUAGACCAGAUAGUGCUACACAUGUAGGAGCCCUGUCUACAUUAGUACUCUCACUGUUGCUGCCCUAGGGAAUUACAUUCUGAUUUUUGCCAAUGUAGACAAGACCUAAGGAUACAUUAAGCUGAAUUCCUGUCUGGCCUCGCCAAUGAUUAGCAAGAACAUACAGAACAUGUAGAGUUAUUUAAAGGGUCUUCUGUAAAAUUCUUGUUUGUUAAAGUCUGCUGGAGAGUUAGCAUAUCACAAAGCUCUGUGCGCGUGUGUGUUCAGGAGGCAGUGUGCGCACAAUGGCAGGGAAAGCACAGUUUGUGUGUCUGUGAGGCAUGAUGGCAGUUUGUGCCUGCUGCUGGUAGCAAGCCUAAAAAGCCUUGGUGCUGCAUUUUCAUCUAUCAAGAAACCUAAGCUGGUGCAGAAUAUGGCGCCUGUUUGCUAACGUGAGCAGUGCAUCUAGUGGCAGCUCAAGUUUCCUGCGCUCCAGGAUCUGCCUGUUGGUUUCUGGGUGGAGUUUAAGGUGUUGGUUUUGGCCUAUAAAGCCCUGACCUGCUUGGAGCUGCCUACCUGAAAGUUAUUGCUGCCCAUGCUGUGCUGCCACUAGCAGUGGCCCUUGAGCUGGACCCUUAUAAAAGGAGUGCACUGUCUGCUAGGGCCCCUUUCCUUCAGAUCACUCACUGGCAAGGUCCUCAGUAGUCCCAACCUGUUGACCUUCCAAGGCAUAUUGCAAAGCUCAUUGGAUGGGAUGGGCACAGGGGUAAGCAGAGGCUGCUAAAACCACGUUCGUCUAGGAGGAAAGUGCACUGGGAUUUUCAGCUAGACAGGCCACACAACGUAGUGGGCCGGGGGUUAGACAAGGUUGGGAAGGAGAAGUGGUGCUGCUCUGGAUGAUGCUUUGUAACUCCCAGGUUAUUGUGUCUGUAAAUGUGUUGUAAGCAUCUCCAGAGCUUUGGAUGGGAACUCUUUUGGCUGGAUUUUCUUUUAAGUCAAAAUAAAUAAAUAUAUAUGCAACCAAAAAUAGUAACUUUAACAUUUUAUAAAGGCAUAGUAGCACCUCUGUGUUAAGAUUAGAUCCAGUUUUUCAUUUGAAGCAAGAUUUCAACCUCUUUGUUUUGUAUGGAGAAUGCAAUGUAUCUCCCCCAAAUUUACGGCUCAUGAAUUGUGGGUAAAGACUGAAUUUUCUGAGCAUUUUCAACUACAUCUGUUUAAGUUAAUUACAAAUUAAUAAUAAUUAAAAUGGAAACUUUGAGAUGU